AUGCCUGAAGAUCCCAGCCUUCGCUACGAGAUACUCGAUAAAUUGGGCUCUGGAUCCUUCGGCACCGUCUGGAAAGCCCGCAUCCGCGCAUCUGGUCAGCUAGUUGCCAUCAAACAUAUUGAUCUUGAGGCAAGCGAUGAGGAUGUUGUCGAGAUCCAACAAGAGAUUGCCUUGCUUGGAGAUUGCGAUCCACGCUACGUGACAAAAUACAUUGAGAGCUUCGUUCACGGCUACACUUUGUGGAUAGUGAUGGAAUUCAUGUCUGGGGGCUCGGCACUAGACAUCAUAGCGGCGAGCAGACCGUUCUCCGAGGUCGAGGCGGCAGUACUGCUUCGCGAACUAUUGCAUGGCUUAGCGUAUCUGCAUGGCCAACACAAAAUUCAUCGUGAUAUUAAAGCAGCCAAUAUUUUGCUUUCUGACACUGGCGUCGUCAAGCUUGCUGACUUUGGUGUUGCCUCUCAACUAUCAUCCAACAAGUCGCGAAGACAUACAUUCGUCGGUACGCCUUUCUGGAUGGCGCCAGAAGUGAUACAGCAGGCAGGGUACGAUUCUAAGGCUGACAUUUGGUCGCUCGGCAUCACGGCAAUCGAAAUAGUGCUGGGAGAACCACCUCUCUCAGACUAUCAUCCAAUGAGAGCAAUAUUCCUCAUACCAAAACAAGCGUCGCCAACUCUGCCUCGAUCGUUUUCCUCGUCAUUUCAAGAUUUUGUCGACCUAUGCCUGCGGAAGACGGUAUCGGAACGGCCAAACGCCAGCCAGUUGCUUCAGCAUCCAUUCAUU